AUGCCAAAAAGAAAGAAAACCAAAGACUUUUUGGAGGAUAUCGGCAGCUUUGAGUUUGACGAGUUAAGUGUUAGUCGUACGGGGAGGCUUGUUGAGGAAAAUAAGCGUUUAGAGCUUGAUUUUUCAGGCUUUCUUGGAUGUAGCAGCAAGGAUGUGUCAGGAAGAUCAAGUGACGCACAUGGCCAUGGGACACGCGAUCUAGAAGAUCAUUUGUGCGAAGAUACGAAUAUUUUUGAAGAGGAAUCGGACGAAGAAGGGGAAAGCUUAUCGUCGCACAACAAAAGAAAAUUCAGGCUUCUUUCAUCGUGGAGAAAGGAGCGAGAAUAUUUGAUAAAGGCAUACAGGAAGUCAAGCCAUGUUCCCCAUACAGCAUUUUGCUGCAAUUGCUUAUCUGAAAAUCCAGAAUUUCGGUGUAAAGACUGUGGACCUUACUCUUUCUUUUGUUCCAAGUGUUUGGUUGAAGUUCACGACACUAAAAACUAUUUUCAUUCACCAGAGAAAUGGCAGGUAAAUAUUGUGAAAGCAAAGCGGAAAAGUUGAAUAUGAAUGCGAUAGGCUGCUGGGAAUCGCUAAUAAAUUCAUUAAUUUAUUAGCAGAUUCCCAGCAGCCUUUCGCGUUCGUAUUCGACUUUUCCGCUUUGCUCGGGGGACAACCUUAAUUGAAAUAGCUUUAUAGUGUCAGGGCUAUAACAUUUUCUCAUAUAAACAUUGGGUUAAAUUUGUUUCAGUGGGUGGGUAGGGUGUCCCUAGUACCUGAGAUCAUAUAAACAGCACCUAAGUCUAUUAUUAGGCUAGUACUGCUGUACUGGAAUGGUGCACCCAUGCAUGUACACUACAAUAUUUGUCUAAUGCAAGAUUCAUCUGUCUACUGCCAGAUUGUUUAACUUUGUCUAAUGCCAGAUUAUUUUAUCUUGCUUAUCAGAGGCAUUAUAAAAACUAGGCAUUAAUCGAAAGGUCUGAACAGACAGUAGAUAGGCUUGACUGAAACACCCUGAGCAAAAAUCACGUACAGUUAUUACUUUAGUAAGAUAAAAAGGUGUUGUUAGCAGUUGGAUUCAGUAAAAUAUUUAAUAACUAGUGGUUAUGGAGAGGGGGCUCAAUUGAUUCUAUUCACAUGCACUGGUGCCUAGACCUUUCAUAUCAUAGCAACCUGCAGUCAAGCCUGGUAAGAUUACCUGAUUGAAUAUGAAGUAUGGUAGCUCAUAUCAAGCUUGGACUUAUUCUCUGGCAAUAUCUCACUUAGUUGGUUACUAUGCCUGGCAGGCCAAUCAGCACUUCAUUUAAAGCUAGACGUGGAAGAGUCUGUCAGUGCGUCUCUGCUUUGUUUACAUUUUCUACCCAAACAAUAUCGACACAUGCAGCUUUUUCAAAGAAGUUGUGGCAACUUAAAGGCUUUAUAUAUUUUCCUGAGAGUGAAACACAUGAGUAAGGUAGCUGUCAAUCAAUAGCCGAUAUUUUGAUUGUUUUUAAUGGGAAUUUUUUUAAUAGGACAACAUGUUUGUUGGUGUAAAAAUGAAAACACCCAAGCUGAAAAAUCCACUUCAUCAUUGCGAGUUUCCUGAGCUGGGAUAUUUCAAAAUUGUUUUAAUUACUGAUGAAAAAG